AUGGCGGACCCAAAAUCUUACUCCGACGACCAUUCUUCUCACGCAGAUGACGAUGCCGAUAUAGGGCUGACGCCUCUGUCGCACAAACCAACAGAGGAGCCUCUCCUUACCAAAGACGAACCGCCGAUCUUUCUGCGUCUCUACCGACGUCGAAAUACCAAGCGCCGCCUAUGUAUUGCCUUGGUACUCGUCACGACGCUGUUCUGCGUGGCACUCGUGGGCAUAGGUGGUGUACCGGACUCUGUGCCACGUCCGAAUCUCAAGAUGCUGGAGAAACCUCGGUGGAACGUCAAGAACUUCAAGUCCUUGAUAACAUUUGGGGACAGCUACACAGAUGAAGGGAGAUAUCACUACUGGUACCAACAUAACAAGACAUAUCCUCCUGUGGGCACAUUCUUCCCCAGCAGCAAACAGACCAGAAACUGGGCUCGUUAUACCAUUCAAUACACUGGUUCUUCGAACGGCGAAGAAUGGAAGCCACAGAUGACCCUGUAUGACUAUGCCUUUGGUGGAUCUUGGUGCUCGGACGAAAUCAUUCCGAGGGGUCCAAAAAAAGCAUCAGUCCUGGAGGGAGGAGUACCUGCUUUUCUCAACGACCUGACAGCAGCGAGGGCCGGCACAGAAGAACCAUACUUUCAACCGUCCAUCACUGCAUCCAACGCCGUGUUCGUGAUAUGGAUCGGCACCAACGACUUGGGCAAUUUUGCCUACCUCAGCAACGAACAAACUCCCGGAAAAUUCUUAGCUGACUUCAACGAGUGCGUCUUCAGGUCCGUUGACAAGCUGUACGCUGCCGGGGCCAGGACCUUUGUCCUGAUGAAUACCGUUCCGUUGCAACUGACCCCGCUGUAUUCUAUCAAGCUACCUAGCGGGGAGGAGAAGGUGAGAGACCGGUGGAUGGCACCCAAGGCCAUUGAAAUUACGAAAGUUGUCAAUGAUAUCUACCGAUAUCAGACCCCUUACGAGUUCGCCGUCUCCAAUCGAUACCCGGAUGCACGAGUUGCUCUCUUCGACGUCAACUCUCUUAUGACCGACAUGUACUUCAGCCCGGAGUUCUACUUCAACGGGACCGCUCCUGCGAAUGUGACGAGCUUCUACACCAAAACACAAGAAGACCGCCUGAAUCCUGACAGUUUUAUGUGGCGCGAUGAUCUCCAUCCGUCUGAGCAGACACAUCGAAACAUUGCCGCCGAGUUGGUUAGGGUGUUGGAUGGUACUUCUGAUUACGCUCAAUAUUGGUGA